AUAUAUAAAAAACACCCAAAUUCACUACGCAAAAAUUUACACUUGAACUAACCUCAAGAAUUAUAAUUUCGACUUUUCAAAUUGAUGGUAUCCAAUUCAAUAAUAAUAAGCGUCCACCCCUUCUGUAUUUACACAAUAGUCUUCCACUUUUUACGACAAAAGCUUUUAGCUGGGACUGUAAUAGAAAGCGACAUGACAAUGAAAUUAUUUUAUCUAAUUAAUUGAUAUCCCAACAUGAAGUGGAUGUUCAAUAAAGCUUAAACGUUAUCAGUUCAAGAGAACCUCUCCAAGGGUUGACAACACUAUCCGAAAUGUACGGUAUGUUAUUGGAAAGCGUGCAGUAUUUUGUACAGUUGGAAUAUGGAGAAGACGUUUGGAACGAAGUUUUGCGGAGGGCAAAUUGCAAAUAUACGGAAUUCAACACCCACCAAGUUUAUCCUGAUGACACUAUGGCAUCCUUAGCUGCUGCAUGUGCUGAUGUUACUUUGGCAUCGUAUGACAGCUUUAUGAACUUUUUUGGCAGAUGCUUCGUCCGAUAUUUUUCGAAAUUGGGCUAUGAUGUGACGGUGAAGUCGACUGGGAGAUAUUUCACCGAUUUCUUGGAAAGUGUGGACAACAUUCACUCUCAAUUUUGCUUUACCUACCCUAAAAUGAGAAGUCCGUCGAUCUACCUUACAGAUAUAGAUGCCAAAGGGUGUGUUCUCGUCUAUCGCAGCGGCAGACAAGGUUUCACCCAGUAUGUAAUGGGUCAGCUGCAGCAAAUAUCCAAGGACUUUUACGACCUAGACUUGAAUGUCAAAGUACUGGAGAAGGCCACUUCUGCAAGUGGUGCCAUAAAAAAUUUGAUCGUCACCUACAGACUUGACUUUGAUAACCGAAAUUACAUGCAGUAUAAAAAACACGGGCAGUCGAGUAGGGCUGAUGGGUUGCUAUCGCCCUUUCCAUGUUUUCUGCUCUUGGACCUUUUCCCUUUUGGCAUCAUCAUUAACACUGAGAUGAAGAUAAUAGGAGCUGGAAAGAAGAUUGUAGAAGUUUGGAGGAGUGGCUCUAGCUUCUUGAAUGAACCAGUGAUCAAAUUCUUCAAGUUGAGGAGACCUAAAGGAAUUCUGCUGACUUGGAAAAACGUUAGGAAUCUGAAGGCAGUUAUGUUCGAAUUGGAGUGCAACGUUGGAGCUGGAGAUUUUUUGCAUGAUGAACAUUUGGAAGAGGAGGCUCAAGGUGAACAGAAGGCCACUCCCACUCCUCAAGAGAUUGAAGCUAGCAAACGUAAUAUCUUGUUGAAGGGACAAAUGAAGUAUCUGGAAGACAUAAAUGCUCUGGUAUUUUUGUGCAGUCCUAUAAUCAAUGACCUUGAUGAGCUCCCAGAACAAGGUCUAUAUCUCAACGACCUCAACCCACAUGGUCUCAGCAAAGAAAUGGUACUUGCAGGUUGGCAACAUAACUCCAAAUUGGAGAUAAUGUUCGACAAAGCCGAACACAGAUCGGAGGACUUGGAGAAGAACUACGAGCUGCUGGAGCAAUGGAAAGAGAAGGGAGAUGACCUCCUUUACUCCAUGAUACCAAAAACCGUUGCUGAUAGGCUCAGGUCUGGCACAUCUGCCCUGGACACCUGCGAGAGCUUCGAUGCGGUAUCGAUCUUGUUCUGUGAGAUUGUUGGGCUGUCUUCGGAAACUGUGAAGGAUGCUAUGGACGUGGUUUCUACCAUGAAUUCGGUUUUCAGCUGUUUCGAUUCACUGAUGGACACUUGUCAUGUUUACAAGGUUGAAACUGUGGGCCCCAUAUACAUGGCUGCCAGUGGAGCACCUGAAAAAACACCCCACCACGCAGAAAACGUAGCUGAUGUGGCCUUGAAGAUGGUGCAGAAUAUGGAGAACUUCAAGGCGCCUUCAGGGAAUAAAGUUGAGAUAAGAAUAGGGAUCCAUUCAGGUUCAGCUGUAGCUGGAAUUGUCGGGAUAAAGGUUCCAAGAUAUUGUUUCUUUGGGGAUACUGUUAAUACAGCAUCUAGGAUGCAGUCUACAAGUUCGCCAGGAAAAAUCAACAUUUCUACCUAUACGAAAAAAAUCCUUCCUGCUAACAAAUAUUUGACAGAGAGCCGAGGAGUGGUUCAAGUGAAGGGUAAAGGAGAAAUGGAAACUUUUUGGUUAAUGGGUAAAAUCCAAGAGAAAGAAGAUCUUAAGAUGUUGAAAAAGUGAAAAUUUUAAAUAGAAAUAAAUGCAUAACAGUAUAUUGAAUGAAUAAAUAGUUUGUGUAGA